AGCACAACAACGAUCUUGGGUCUUAAACUCACUAAAAAUGAAGCACGGAACCCGGUUCUGGGAGAAAAAGCUCAACCGAACCCCAGCUCACCGCCGGGCGUUGCUGAGAAAUCUUCUCACCCAACUUGUUUAUCAUGAGCGCAUUCAAACAACAGUGGCCAAGGCGAAGUAUAUGAAGAGAGCGGCGGACAAGCUUAUUGAAUGGGCAAAAGCCGGUGAUCAAGAAAGUCUGAAAAAGGCUAAGGCUUUGUUAUUUGUCCCUCACAUCACAGUAUCCAAACUUCAAGGACCUCUAACUGCCCGGUAUGCCAGUCGGAAAGGUGGCUAUACUCGGAUUCACUUGAAUGGAUUUCGCAGUAACGCUUCUGAUCGCGCUCCAUUGGCGAUUGUUGAGUUUGUGGACAAUCCAAGGGAUAUCGUCCAUGGUCUUGCCCGUCAGCAUGUUUCCACAAUCCGAACCCGCCUACAGGAGCUAGAAUCCCGGCUAUAUGCUCGUGAAGUGAUACCGAUCCGUGACCCUGUAACCGGGAUGCCUGGAGAGGUGGUGAAAUUGAAGGACAGACACAACCUUCCAGGUCGUGAGAAGAUGAAGUUAGCCAGACAAGAGUUGGGUUUGAUGAAAAUGUUGCAAAAAAUGGAGCGAAGCUUAGAGAGUUGGCCGCGAGCCAGAGAGGUGGAGGCAGAGCAUGCAAGAACUGCACGGGAACAGCGGGAAGCGCGAGACCAACCACUAGUGGAGGUAAUGCAACAGAAACUUGACGAGGCUUUAUCUUCAGGGGAUGGGCGGUUGAGUUGGGCGUUCAGGAGAGCGUUGAGACGAGGACGAUAUGUAGUCGAUCAGGAUGGAAAAGUGUCUAGGGCACCGUCUGCGGCCGAAGAAGCGUUCGAGGGCAUUGUCGUGGAAGCUGGGGCAGGCGAGCAUGCGCUUGCACACACGGAUACAGUGGCUAUACCUGAGAUUGACACAUUGACAAGCAAAGAUACAACACGAGAAACACAGGAUGGGCAAUCUGUAAAGGAGGGAGACCAGGAGGUCUCAACUCUGGGGCGAUUAUUCGGAAAGUUCGGCUUGGGCUCGAAGAAAUAAAGACCAUCCAUUCACACUAGUAAGCAUUUUAUCAAUAGAAUUCAACAAUUACAAAGUCCAAAGCUGGCAAUUACGAAGGAGCCCUGCACUAUACAAAUCACCAGCCGUUCUCAA